AUGGCAUUCGCGCAGCAGGAGAUCGCUGACUUUGUCAACUCCCUGCCGGAUAGCGCUUUCGCCGGCGCAGAGAAGAGCAAGGUCGAGGAGUGGUGCUCGUUCCUGGUCGGCGUCGACCCCACGCCGAAAGCCAGGCACGAUCUCUUCUGGCACCUGGCGAAGCCGUACGAUAAGCACGGCGAAUCCGCAGAGUUCCGGGCCUGGGUGGUUCAGCCGGCACAGGUCACCUUCGCCCUCCGGGUCCAGCGGAAGUGCGCUUCCGCAGAGCCAGCGUUGCCUACCCCGGAGACGACCUUGGCAGACACCAUGCGGGAGUAUCUCGAAGCCCAGGAAGCGACCCAGAAGCGCUCGACAAAGGCGCUUUCUUUUAAGCUUUCCGACAGGCUCACCGAGCUCGGCAUGGACGCGUUCCCGAAGGAAGGCUUGCCCUCGGAAGAGAACCUUGCGGUUUUCGAGGCGGCAGGCCGUAUCGCCAAGGAAAAGAGUCGGAUGUACGUUGGCAGUGCCGACGGGGAAGACCUGCAGCGGAACUUUCGUCCAGCCUGGUCCCGCGUUCCAGGUGUCGACGUUCCUGUCGGGGAGGGAUCUGUGCCAGAUCGUCAGCGCCAAAUGGCGGAUUUCAAGCGAGCCCGUGCAGCGUCUGAGAUCGAUUACCCGGGCUACGCAACGUUUCAGUCGCACCUGCUCGAUUGGGGCGUGAAACUGAUCUUGAUGAAGACGGCCACGCCUUUGGAAGUGCUCGGGUACACGCUUCUCAUCGCCAAGGUUGCGGAGGAGCAGGGCGGCGCGAGGACUGCGUACCAGUGCGACAUCCUCGCGCGGAAAGCCAUGGCCAGGGCGCUCGAGAGCGGCGACCCCAGUUGGAAGGUCUACUUCGCCAAGGUGGACCGCGACUUGGCGAAGGAGGCUAAAGACAAGGUCGUGACCAGGGCUGGCGAGGCUGUCAAGGGGGCCAGCGGCAAAGUUGGCGGCGGCAAGGCCAGUGGCGGCAGGGGCAAGCUGUCUGGCAAAGCCGACGGUGCAGGCAAGGGCUCGACGGGGUCCGCAGCUCACCGCUCGCUGUCGCCAGCGGUGCCGCCGCGCUCGCGCAGCCCCAAGCAGCGCGGCCAGGGCGCAUGGAACCACCAGGGCGGCUGGCAGCAGCGGAGCGGCUGGGCGCGCCAGGAGCGGUGA